AUGACGAGGUGUGCGCAGGUGUACAACUCUCUGAUGAAUGGGUUCUUACGCUUGCUGACUGCAUUGAUAAGAAAAUCAAGCUUACAAAAUACAGCAUUACAGUUUACAAAGACGGUUCAAGAAAGGUUAUUGCCGAAGAUCGGGACUCUGUUGGAAAGCUAUUUAUCCUUCUUAAGAUUGAAAAGGAAACAGAAGCAACAAAAACAAAAUUCACACAACUUGCUGACUCUAUGCUACCCUCUUCAAAGUACAAGUUUCAUCUGUACAAUCGAGACGAUUCUGAUAAAAUCAUUGCAAAUAAGGUCGAUUUUGUCAGAGGAACUCAAUGUGAGAAGGAAGAAAUUGAUGGUAAUUUUGACGAGACACAUAUAUGUGUUCAAGGCAACAUGAAUAAAAAAGCUAGAUGUCUA